AUGCCGACGGAAGACGUAACGCCUUCGGCGAAAGAAUUCUACGACGAUUCAGCGACGAGAAUCGGUAUUACGCACAUAUCGGAAAUACUUGUCAUGGCCGAGUGGCCGGCUCUUUUGGUCGGCGCGAGUAAAUCGCUGUUCGCAUUCGAUCUGAACGAAGGGUUGGACGUGUCAGCGGCAACGAAAUUGGAAUGGAUACCGGACUCAAUGUCGAUGGAAACGUGCUAUCUAAAAGGAAAAGAAGAGGAGGAUUGCCAGAAUUACAUCAAAGUUAUAAUGCCAGAUGCUACGACCGGGAACCUGCUCGUUUGCGGAACCUACGCGCAGAAACCGAGAUGCGUUAUUCUGAAUGGGAAGGAGGUCGACACGUGGAAUCUAGCGAAUCGAUGGGAGACGAACGCGACGGACGCUUUGUACAAGUGUCCGUUCGGCGUGGACCAAAAGGUCACCACGGUCUUUGCGGACGAAACUCAAAUCACGGAGAAGAUGUACUAUUCCCGAAUAGCCCGUGUUUGUACCCAGGACAGAGGCGGUAAUAGUGCGAUACUCGAAUCGACGUGGACGAGCUUUUUGAAAGCGAGACUAGACUGUUCGUUUCGCGGAGAUUUCACCUUCCACUUUAACUACUUGCAGGACGUCGCAAGAGUUGUCGAAGGGAAGAAGAUCUUCUAUUACGCAAUUUUCACGACCGGAGAUCACGAGAUGCCGGCUUCCGCGGUGUGCAGAUUCGACCUCGACCACAUCAGGGACAACUUUGACAACGGUCUACUCAAGCUGACCAAGUGUCCGUGGUCGCCGAUCGCGGACUCGCAGCGGGGCGGUUGUUCCGCAUCCGAUUCGAUGCGGCUCCGCACGAUAAUCUAA